CAUACAGAACUCAAAGGCAAGAGCACUGGAGGACCUGUUGUUGGUCGAGUCUGUACCUGGUCGAGACGUUACGGCCCUGCGAGGGUGAGGUCAGAGCUUCCCUGUGUCCUCUGUUUGUUCUGCUUACUUAGAAUUACCUUUGUUGUGCACUUGUGUCAGUACCAGAGGUUUUCAACAUAGCCAGGAGCAUCAACCUUGUUCUGGUGGGAUGACAAACCAAGUUGUGGAUUGAUGCAGAAACAAGAACUGAGAUUCGAGUGGAUGGAUAUGAUACGGACCAACCUCUAGUUUUCAUUCGUGACGAUGGUGUUACCAAGCUGUGAUCUGCCUGUAGUCAGAAGGCACAACUUGGAAUGAUAUUUAGCUGUCUGUCCUGACUGGAUUGGUGGAACGCCUUGAGAUUUGGUCCUUCAAGUUUUACAGUGUUGUCAACAAAUUUGAGAGGAAGAAUACAACUAACCUACUCCGAGAUGAAAUCAAAUCCAGCAGCCCUGGUGAUCACUGUGGUCAUAGCAGCCCUGGCCCUGGGUGCCGGACUCAUCAUAGGCUACCUACUUCGCAAACCCGAGGGGCAGGAGGCAAGGUCUGGCAUCCAUGGAGAGCUCACUCCCGUCAAGCUCUUACGGAGUACCACGGAAAACGAGACGUUGAAAGAGUGUAGUGACCUUAUGGACAACCCAGACAUAAAGAACUAUUUGACCAAAGCGCGUAUGAACGCUUGCCGAGCCGCAACGUGCAACGUAGAGUUGCCGAGGAACUACGUCGUCUACCAUCUUGACACAGACACCAUCGUUAUCGACGGAAACCUCAACGAGAAAGCCUGGCGGGAUGUUGGGUGGACAGAGUCUUUCGUUGAUGUUCGAGGCGAGAACUUUCCAGCGCCACGUUUCGAAACUCGAGUGAAGAUGAGAUGGGACGACAGCAACCUCUACGUAGGUGCCUACAUCCAGGAGUUCGCCGUCUGGGCCAACCGCACGCUACACGACACCACCAUUUAUCAAGAUAACUCAUUUCAAGUUCUUUUUGACACUGAACAAAGUAACCACAAAUACAAGGAGAUUUCUAUUAACGCCUUGGGAACUGUGGCAGACAUCAUGCUAACAAGACCUUAUAUGGACGAUGGAGAGCCUCUCAGCUUCUGGGAGAGCGACGUGCUAAGAGCAAUACAGAUUGAUGGGCCCAUCAACGAUCCUCGGCGCCGCAAUCAGCACUGGACAGUAGAAAUGUCUUUGCCAUUCAAGCAAUUAUUUGCUGGUGUGACGAGAGAGAAUGAAAUGCCCAAGGACAAAGAAAUAUGGCGAACAAACUUUGUCAGAUCUGAGUGGCAGACAGAAAUAGUUGGGGGGCAAUAUCACAAGCGGCUGGACCUGGAUGCAGAUUGGUGGGUGUGGCAGUCACCUGGAGUUGCCAACAUUCAUUUACCUGAUAGGUGGGGUCUAAUACAGUUUCGCAAUGCUUCGGUGAACAGCACAUCGUUUCAGCCAGAUAACAAGUGGGUCGUUACUAACGCUCUUCUGGAAGUAUACAGAGCUGAAAAGGCUUACAAAGCUGUCAACGGUCGCUACACUGACAACAAAACAUUGCUUCAACUGCCGCCUUAUAUUUUUUCUCAACGUUGUAUACGCGACCUGGGCAUCGAACUCGACUGGGGCGGCUUCCGGAUCACAGCAAAGUCGGCGGAGAAAUCUCUCCAAGAUGGUCACACUCGGACUGACCGCUAUGUCUGGUUUGGAGAUCAGAAGGAACAGUUUUAACCCAAACAACUUUCCAGUGAUGUGAUAGAAACACUUCGCUUUGACUUCUUCAUUUGAAAGCAUUAGAUGAAGGAAGAUUUUCAUCUGUCUCCGCAAUGCUUGAAUGGAUAAACCGUGUAUGCUAUGUUCAGGUUAUAUUUUUGCGUAACCAGUGUCUUUUAAUAACCUAUAUUUUUUUAAUUUGUAGCGAAAAGAAUAUAUUUUUAAAUUACGAUGUGUUGUGUUAUUUUAUUCAGAAGUUGAAGAGGCUGGCGAUGGUCUCCCUCUUAGUUCAUCUUCCCGUUCAACAUUCCUCCUUGUUGCUAUCAAAACAAUUUUUCUGAAGAGUUGAAGAAAGUAGAAAGAUGUUGUCAGUGUAUAAGUCCUGAGAAAGUAAUCUGUAUUCCCUGAAGGGAACACACAUUCCU